UUGGUACUUACACUCCGCUGCUCAGCUGAAUGUCAGCAUACAAGCUAGUGGGGGAUUCUAGGAGGCUGUUUAGAGCUCUCCCCUAAAUUCUGGCUGAUCAUGACGACUUUUAUGUACAGAAGUCUGAUCCUUGUAUUUCUGGUCUCUUCUACAAGCUGUGCCUCCAUCUGCUCUUCACGAGGAGUGAGCUCCUGUAAGCAGUGCCUAGCUGUCAGUCCCAUAUGUGCCUGGUGUUCACAAACGGACUAUGGAAAAGGGGCUUCCCGUUGUGAUACAAAAUCAGAACUGGAAAAAAAAGGUUGUCUUCGAGACUACAUUGAGUACCCCGUCAGUGAUAUAAGCUUUUCAGCCGACCAGCCACUGAGUGACAAGGGUUCAGGUGGGGAAACUGAAAAGAUCACCCAAAUAACGCCACAGAAGAUAGAACUCUAUCUAAGACCAGAUGAUUCUAAGGUCUUCACAAUACAAGUGCGGCAGGUGGAGGACUACCCUGUUGACAUCUACUACCUUAUGGACUUGUCUUACUCUAUGAAGGAUGACUUGGAGACUAUCCAGACACUAGGCACUAAGCUGGCAGAGAGGAUGCGUAAAGUGACCAGUAAUUUACGGAUUGGAUUUGGAGCUUUUGUUGACAAGCCCAUGUCACCUUACAUGUACAUCUCUCCUCCAGAGGUUAUUGCAAACCCAUGUAAAGACAUUUUUACUACGUGCUUGCCAACUUUUGGCUAUAAACACGUCCUAGCCUUAACAGACGAGGUAGAACGUUUUAAUGAGGAGGUUGGAAAGCAGCUUGUAUCCCGGAAUCGUGAUGCCCCCGAGGGUGGAUUUGAUGCAGUUAUGCAGGCUGCAGUAUGUGACGAAAGAAUUGGCUGGAGGAACGAAUCUUCCCACCUACUGGUUUUUACCACAGAUGCCAGGACACACAUAGCUUUGGAUGGAAGACUUGCUGGAAUUGUCCAGCCCAAUGAUGGGCACUGUCAUUUAGGAGAAGACAAUCAUUACACCUUAUCUACCACCUUGGAUUACCCAUCUAUUGGUCUCAUUACAGAGAAACUCUCACAGAAAAACAUUAAUCUUGUUUUUGCUGUCACAAACGAAGUCCAGGACCUCUACACGAAAUACAGUGCCUUGAUUCCAGGGGCCACAGUAGGCACAUUAUCUGGAGAUUCCAGCAAUGUUAUUCAGCUCAUUGUGGAUUCCUAUGAGAAGAUUCGCUCCAAAGUAGAACUGGAAGUCCGUGAUCUACCAGAAGAGCUGUCACUCUCAUUUAAUGCAACCUGCACCAACAAUGAGGUCACACCAGGCCUGAAGUCCUGCUCAGGUCUAAAGAUUGGGGACACGGUGAGUUUCUCCAUUGAAGCCAAAGUGCGGGGUUGUCCUGAGGAAAGAGUGAAGACUUUCACCAUCAAACCAGUUGGAUUUAAGGACUCCCUUACUGUGACUGUGCACUUUCAGUGUGACUGCAAAUGUCAGGAGAAAGAUGAACCCAAUAGUGACUCAUGUAAUAUGGGCAAUGGGACCCUGAGUUGUGGAAUUUGCCAGUGUUAUACUGGAUGGCUGGGACCCCACUGUGAGUGCUCGGAAGAAGAAUACGAUCGCACCCAGCAGGACCGCUGUGCCCAAAGUGAGAAGGAUAGCGUGUGUUCUGGAAGAGGGGAGUGCAUUUGUGGCCAGUGUGUGUGUCACAACAACGACUUGGGCAAAGUGUGGGGGAAAUACUGUGAAUGCGAUGACUUCUCCUGCCACCGGUUCAAGGGCGAGAUGUGCUCAGGACAUGGACAGUGUAACUGCGGGGAUUGUAUUUGUGACUCUGACUGGACAGGAGAUUACUGUAACUGCACCACCCGCACAGACAUGUGCAUGUCCAGCAGCGGUCUCCUUUGCAGUGGAAGGGGACAGUGUGUCUGCGGAAAGUGUGACUGUACCCAACCUGGUUCAUAUGGAGACACCUGUGAAAAAUGUCCAACUUGUCCAGAUGCCUGUACCUUUAAGAAGGAUUGUGUGGAAUGCAAGAAGUUUGAGCGCGGAGCCUGGUUUGAAGAUGCAUCUUUGUGUAAGAGAAUUUGUCGGGACGAGAUUGCGUCUGUGACAGAACUACCUGACAAUGGGAAGGAUGCUGUGAAUUGCACCUAUAAGGACGAGAAUGACUGUGUGGUCAGGUUCCAGUACCAUGAGGACUCCAGUGGGAAGUCAGUAUUGUACGUCAUAAAUGAAGCAGAAUGUCCUCAGGGUCCUGACAUCCUUGUCGUCUUACUGUCGGUCAUGGGAGCCAUUUUGCUUGUGGGACUGGUGGCUCUGCUCAUUUGGAAGUUGCUCAUUACUAUCCAAGACAGGCGAGAUUUUGCCAAGUUUGAAGAGGAGAGGGCGAAGGCGAAGUGGGACACGGCGCACAACCCCCUCUACAAAGGUGCCACUUCAACCUUCACCAACAUAACAUACCGUGGGAACUCGGAGUGAUCUAAGUCAAU